AAUGUCCCAACAAAACUUUCGUGCCGUACUUUUUGAUGUUGGAGGGGUUAUAGUUGAGUAUAAAGACAGGGAAAAAUAUGUAAAGACUUUAAAAAUGGUCGAAGAGUCACCCGAACUUUUCAAAUUUUUGGAGGAAUUUGAACGCGGCUUAAUUACUCCUGCAGAUGUUAAACCUGAAUAUUUGUCUCUUAUAGGCCUUGAUCCAAGAGUUGAGUUAAAGGAUUCGUUAGUUGUUAAGGGCGUGGGAGAAAAGAAUCCAUUUGUUGAGCGUGCUAUAGAAACAAUUUACAAUUCAGGCAAUUUUACACUAGGAAUAUUAACAAACAAUGGGUUUUGGCGUAAAGAACAAUCAACUUUUAUUAUUGAACCCGACCCCAGAUUUAAUUUUGUCAUAGAAUCUUGUCGUAUUGCUUUGAAACAAAUGAAUCUGUUAGCUAGUGAAUGUGUAUUUAUUGAUGAUUUGGAAAUAAAUUGUUUAGGAGCUGAAGCUGUUGGAAUGACAAGCAUUUGGCUUAAAGACGGCAAUUCAAUGGAAGCAAUAGAAGAAUUGGAAAAAAUUUUGAAUUUUAAAAUACUUUGA